AUGUCAAAAAUUGCCAAUCGAAUUAUUCCAGUGCCGCUAAAUGUGAAGGUGGUUGUGCAUAAAGAAGAAGUUGUUGUCGAAGGUCCGUUGGGUAGAGAUGAAAUUUUUUUUCCAAGGGGAUUAGAAAUAGUUAAUAAAGAGGGUAAGAUAUUUAUGAAAUCAAAAAAUAUGGCUCUAGCAGGAACUCAUAAUUCGUUAAUUUAUAAUGCAAUAAAAGGGGUAACGGAAGGGUAUCAAGAAGUUUUGGAGGUAAAAGGAAUUGGUUAUAAAGUAUCUUUAAAAGAUAAUAAGUUAGAGUUUUUGCUUGGAAAGUCUCAUCCAAUUUUUUUAGAUAUUCCAAAAGGAAUCCAGGUGAAAACAGAAGGAAAUAAAAUAAUAAUUAGAGGAAUAAAUAAACAGCGGGUUAGAAAGUUUGCGGCCAGCGAUAUCAAACCAUUACGUUUACCAAAAAAAAAAGUUCGCCGACAAAUACGAAAAAGAAGAAGUAAUUCAAUAAAGGGAACUGAGCAAAAGCCGCGCGUAGUUUUGAGUGAAUCUAAUCGUUUUUUAAGGGUGCAGGCUAUUGAUGAUAAGGUAGGUCGUACGCUUUUAUAUCUCUCAACUGCUGAUUUAAUUGAGGAAAACAAAAAUUUUUCUCGUAAAAAUAAAGAAUACGCAAAAAAGUUAGGAGAAUUAUUUGCGGAAAAAUUAAGGAGAAAAGGUAAAGAACAGAUUGUAUUUGAUCGCAAUGCUCGUCUUUAUCAUGGAAAAAAGGAAAAGGAUAAUUUAAAAGUAACCGAAGGAGAAAAAAAGCGCGGUUCGAACAGAUUAGAAAAAAAAGAAAGAGAGUUUGAAAGGAAAAGUCAAUAUGUUCGGCUUAAAACUGAAAAAUUAGAAACAAAAAGACCGGUAACUGUCACUAAAGGUGGACGAAGAUUUAGUUUUACCUCAUUGGUCUUAGUUAAGGACGAAGAAAAAAAAGCGAUUGCUUUUGCUUGUGGUAGUGGUAAAGAAGCGAUCAGUGCUUUUCGUAAGUCGGUGCGGAAAGCUCAAAAAAAAUUAAUAACUUAUUUUUCUUCUCCUCCACGCACUAUUCCUCGUAAUAUUAUAAUCAAUUAUAAGGCUACUACAGUUUUUAUGAAAGCAGCUCCGCCUGGCAGCGGUAUUAAGGCUGGUGGAGUGCUUAAUAAGUUAUUUAAGUUCCUCGAAAUAAAAGAUAUAAGUACAAAAAUAAUUGGUUCGCGCCGAAAUAAAUUGAAUAAAAAAAAAAUCGUUGGUCGUGGUGAAGGUUCAGGAAAGGGAAAAACCUGCGGACGAGGGCAAAAAGGGCAAAAGGCUAGAAAAAGCGGUCACACUCGUCCGGGAUUUGAAGGGGGGCAAACUCCAGUUUAUCGACGUUUUCCUAAGCGCGGUUUUAAAACAAAAAGUUUUUCUUAUCAAGUGGUUAAUUUAGAAAAACUGGAAAACGAUGCAAAAGUUGUUAAUGGGCAAACGGUAGACUUCACUCAGAGUAAGUUUCCUGUAAAAAUAUUAGGAAAAGGCGAUUUAACUAAGUCUUUAACAGUUAAGGCUUCUUUUUUUUCCCAGGCUGCUCAAGAAAAGAUAGUUAAAUCGGGAGGAAAGUUUCACAUAGUGGAAAGUCAAAUCGAAACUUUUCUUAAUCAACCUGAAAAUGCUGAUAAAAAACUGCUUCAUUCGACCCUGUUAUCCGCGCUAAAAACCUCAGUUGAUAAUUUUUCCUCUUUGCCUGAGGAGAAUAAAGAAAAAACUCUUAAAGAUUUGGAACAAGAAGUUAAACAACUUAACCAAGCAUUAAAUUUACCCAAUAACCCUGCUCCUGAUCCGCAACCUAAUCCGGAUGAAACUCUUGACCAGUUAAAAACUAGAGCUACUACACAAAUAAAUGAGGCGAUUAAUUCAACUAAUGGUUUAG